CCGCCGCCGAGCUGGACGCAGCGGCCCGGGACCAUGGGCCGCCUCCCGCGGGCCCUGCUGCUGCCGCUGCAGCUCGCCCUGCUCGUGGCCGCGGGGGCCCCCGAGGCGCCGGUGAGCGCGCCGCGGAGCCUGGUGUGGGGCCCCGGGCUGCAGGCGGGCGUCGUUCUGCCCGUCCGCUAUUUCUAUCUGCAGGCCGUCAGCGCCGAGGGCCAAAACCUCACUCGCUCGCCCGCAGGUCAAGCACAAUUUAAAGUAGUAAUCAAAUCUCUUUCACCUAAAGAGUUAGUCCGGAUUCAUGUCCCAAAACCUUUGGACAGGAAUGAUGGAACAUUUUUGAUCAGGUAUAGGAUGUAUGAAUCUGUCAAUGAAGGGCUGAAGAUAGAGGUCCUUUAUGGUGAUGAACAUGUUGCCCAGUCUCCCUAUAUUUUGAAAGGACCCAUAUACCACGAGUACUGUGAGUGUCCAGAAGAGGAUCCCCAGGCUUGGCAGCAAACUCUUUCUUGUCCAACCAAAGAACCACAGAUUGCCAAAGAUUUUGCUUCCUUUCCCAGCAUUAAUCUCCAGCAGAUGCUACACGAAGUUCCAAAACGGUUUGGGGAAGAGAGGGGAGCCAUUGUCCACUACACGGUUCUCAAUAACCACGUCUACCGGAGGCCUUUAGGGAAAUACACGGACUUCAAAAUGUUCUCGGAUGAGAUCUUGCUAUCACUGGCAAGAAAGGUCCUUCUCCCAGAUUUAGAAUUUUAUAUUAAUCUUGGAGAUUGGCCUUUGGAACACCGAAAAGUCAAUGAAACGCCUGGCCCUUUACCUAUCAUUUCAUGGUGUGGCUCUCUGGAUUCCCGAGAUAUUAUCCUUCCGACGUAUGACAUUACUCACUCCACACUUGAAGCAAUGAGAGGUGUUACAAAUGAUCUCCUCUCUAUUCAGGGAAAUACAGGGCCUUCCUGGAUCAAUAAGACGGAGAAGGCGUUCUUCAGAGGGAGGGACAGCCGGGAGGAGCGGCUCCAGCUGGUGCAGCUGGCCAAGGAAAACCCACAGCUGCUGGAUGCGGGGAUCACGGGGUACUUCUUCUUCCAAGAGAAAGAAAAAGAGCUUGGAAAGGCUAAAUUGAUCGGUUUCUUUGAUUUCUUUAAGUACAAGUAUCAAGUGAACGUGGAUGGGACCGUGGCUGCUUACAGAUAUCCGUAUCUCAUGCUGGGUGACAGUCUGGUUCUGAAGCAGGACUCCCCAUAUUAUGAACAUUUUUAUAUGGCACUACAGCCUUGGAAACAUUAUGUACCAAUUAAAAGAAAUCUUGCUGAUUUACUAGAGAAAGUUAAAUGGGCCAAGGAAAAUGAUGAAGAAGCCAAGAGGAUUGCAAAAGAAGGGCAGUUGACUGCCAGGGACUUGCUACAGCCACACAGGCUUUACUGCUACUAUUACAGAGUACUGCAGAAUUACGCUGAGCGCCAGUCCAGCAAACCCGAAAUACGUGAUGGGAUGGAACUUGUUCCUCAGCCAGAUGAUAACACAUCCAUCUGCCAGUGCCAGGGGAAGAGCCCUUCAAGAGAAGAACUUUAAGUCAGCCCGGAUUUACACUCCUUUGUAGGCCGGCUGCGUCUUCAAUGGAAGCAUCCAGACAGAAUCUAAGCUACGAAGAACACAGCUUGCCAAAAUAUAAAUCACUCUCUAGGAAUACGCGUACAUCAUAUUUAUUGGUUUGGUUUUUUUUAAUCCAUUGUUCACUUUUGCUCUUCCAUUUCCAGUUAUGAAGGAAAAAUAUUUGUGCAGGGUUUUGUUUUUUUUACCCCCCCCCACCACACAAUUUCUCCUUCUACAAGCUGCUUUUGACAUUCAGUAAUAGUAAGCCUCCUCUUGAGUCUGAUAAGAAUAAGGAAGAAGAGGAUUACUCUGUUAUGAAUGGUAGCUGGGAUUCUGUGGUGGAGAAUAAUUUUUUAAAAGCUCACUCAUAACUUUUUAGCUGAGUUUUACCAAAACCUGAGAUAAAAAUAAGGAGAAAGUGCCUUAAGCUAGUAGUUUCCAAUUUAUCACAGUUAUUAAAAUAGAUAAAUGCCCACAAUAGGACCAUUCAUUAUUUAUAUACUAGAGGCCCAAUGCACAAAGAUUCGUGCAAGAAUAGGCCUUCAUUCCCCUGGCUGCUGGGACCCACUCUGGCCACCGCCUUCUGCCUUCACUCUGGCCUGGAGCCAUCUUUGCCUUCAUGUGCUGCCCAGAGGCCCGGAGUGGCUGAGGCGGGGCGGAAUGCAAGCAUCCUGGCCUGGCCGCCGCCAUCUUUGUCACAUCAAUUUGCAUAUUCUCUCCUUAUUGGCUGUGGGCACUGCCAUCUUUGUCACAAAGUGACAGUCAAUUUGCAUAUUCCGUCUUUAUUAGAUAGGAUUGAAUAAAGGUAACUGCAGUCAGGUGGGGAUCUAUAAUUCUUUUUAAUAUUUUAAAGGGAUAUUUGAAAACCUCUGCAACAAGCUGCAAGAAGCCUGGUAUCUUGGGAUUCACAAAGGCAAGCAUCCAUUCCUCACUGCACCCCUCCUCCAUUUCAUUGGGUUGCAUUGCUAAGAUUAAACAAAUGGACAUUUCCUCUGCCUUUAGGGUCCAAACUUAAGACUUACAGCCCAAAAGUUCAUUGCACACUCCUUGUAAUACCAGUUCAAGGUUGAGUUAGCUGAAGAACCACACUCCAAAAAACAAGAACUAUCCACACUCCCAAUCUUAAAAUAUUUACUCCCCUAAUUGAAAUAUUUACCUAAUCUGGAAAACAAUGUAACCACUUUAAAGUAGUCAUAUCUAUUCUUUUUUGAAAAUCAAUAAGAAUUUUUCUUAACGAGAAAAGAGCAAAACCACAUUUAGGAACAAUGUAAUCAAAGCCAAGUAUCCAUGGAAAACCCUAAUACUCAAGUUUUCCAAAUGCACAAGUGCACGGUAUAAAGUAAAGGGCAAGCUGUAGGGAGACCAGAUCUUAAUGAAUCUGUGUCAUUGAUAUAUGGUACAUGGAGUUUGGGCUCCUCAAAGCUGAGAUUAUAGAAAGUUUGCCCUCCCUCCUAUCUCCCUGUCCUCCAAACCCAGGUCCUUUUUGAUGACUAAUGAUAUUUUGUUAGAAACAUCUUAAGUUUUUAAAAUGUAUGUCACCUGCCGCCAAACAGUUAAAGUUGAGUUGAGAUAACCCAGGCAGCUUCUGGCUGUGGAACAACAAGGAUGUGCUUAAGAAAUUAAGUGAAGCCCCUGGAAAAAUUCCACUGGAAGGAAGCAGCCUUCAUUUAAUCCUCCAUAGUACCAACUCAGUCAUGGCUUUAAAAAGAGUGAGUUUAAAUGGCUUCCUGGUUUGUUGACAUGAAUAUAAUUCGGUAAAAAUGGGAUUACUAAAACCAUGAUAUUUUUCCUUCUUAGUUCACACAUUACCCAUGAUUUCCAUUAGUCAUUUUUAAUACUUUGGUUUUCAUGAAAAAUAUCUGAUCUUUAAAAGGAGGAAAGGGAUGUAAGAAUAUGCAAGUGAAUAUAACAACUGUAUUUGUCUAAAUAAGCUAUCAACAUUUGUUGCAGUCUUGUUUUUAUUAAUAAAAUGUUGGAAACAUCUUAAAUAGCCAUCAUUAGGGAAUUGGCUAAAUAGAUAUUGAUACAUAAAAGAAUACAGUACAAGCAAGAAUAAAGUAGCUCUAAAUGCACUAUUAUGAAAGAUUUCCAUAACAGUGUUCAGGGUUUUAAAAAAAAAAAAGCAAGUUUUUUUCCAGAACAACAUGUAUAAUGCGAAACCAUUUAUAUAAACAAAACAAAAAUAUAUCCAUGUGGUUGAAAGUUUGAAAGGAUAUUCAUUAAUAUCUGAGGAGGGGAUAGAGAAAGGGAAUUUUUACUUUUUGCUUUAUACCUGUGUGAUAUUUAAAAUGUUUUUACUGUAAGUGUGAAUCAGACUGUAAAAUCAAGACAAAUGCAAACCUAGCAAAAGACAAUAAAUGCACAAAAGAUAUACAUAGGAAAAAUGGAUAUUUAUAUUUUCUAUUAUGCUGUUUUUAAAUCUAUGUUUAGAAUUUUAUAUCAUGGGAUAUAUUACAUAUACUUUUUUAAUAAAGUAAAUUUUGUAAAUAAAAUUUUGAAAAAGGUAUUUUUUUUAAAGAGAUUGUAACCACCUGGGAUAUUUGUAACUGGGUUGGUCUAACUUUAAUUUCAUUAAGUCUUCAUGAAUAAAUGGAC